UGCGAGUUGAGGAAUGGGACAUCGAUUAGGUCUUCAAAGAAAGUGGAUUGGUGGGCGAGUGUAAGAAAAAUCGAUAUUUUUCAUCAAAAAAUUAAAGGAAAAAUUGGAAAUUGCAGCUUCUAUCUCGAUUUUUGGACAACAAUUCACGAUUACGGAUUGGGAAAUCGUGUAAUCGGGAGUGAGAGCGAAUUCUGUGCUUGUUGUGACUAUUCAUUUUUAAGUUUAAGGGAUAAGGUGAUUGAAGAACAUCUCAAAAAAAAACAAGUCAAAUAACAAAUUCUAUCAACGUAAAAAUAUACAUUAAUAAUAGCAAGUUACAAUUAUGGCACCUGUACGAGGUGAUGGAAUGCGCGGACUCGCAGUAUUUAUAUCGGAUAUAAGAAACUGCAAGAGCAAAGAAUCUGAAGUGAAGCGUAUGAAUAAAGAGCUAGCAAAUAUUCGUAGUAAAUUUAAAGGCGAUAAGACGCUAGACGGUUAUCAGAAAAAGAAAUAUGUUUGUAAGCUGCUGUUCAUCUUCCUUCUCGGACAUGAUAUCGAUUUUGGGCAUAUGGAAGCGGUUAAUUUACUCUCAUCGAACAAAUAUUCUGAAAAACAAAUCGGUUAUCUCUUUAUAUCCGUACUCGUAAACACUAAUAGCGAUCUGAUAAAGCUCAUCAUACAGAGUAUCAAGAAUGACUUGCAAUCACGUAAUCCUAUUCAUGUUAAUUUGGCACUUCAAUGUAUCGCCAAUAUCGGAAGUCAAGACAUGGCUGAAGCCUUUGCAAAUGAAAUUCCAAAAUUGCUGGUUUCAGGCGAUACAAUGGAUGUUGUAAAGCAAUCAGCCGCUCUCUGCUUACUUCGUCUGUUUAGAACAUGUCCAGACAUAAUUCCAGGCGGUGAAUGGACAAGCAGAAUAAUUCAUUUGCUCAAUGAUCAUCAUAUGGGUGUCGUUACGGCUGCGACAAGUCUUAUUGAUGCAUUAGUAAAGAAAAAUCCGGAUGAGUAUAAAGGAUGUGUUAGUUUGGCAGUAUCAAGAUUAUCGCGUAUCUUUACAAGCAGCUAUACUGAUCUGCAAGAUUAUACUUAUUAUUUCGUUCCCGCUCCGUGGCUGUCUGUAAAGCUAUUGAGAUUAUUACAGAAUUAUAAUCCGCCAACGGAAGAUCCAGGCGUUCGUGGACGUCUUAAUGAGUGUCUAGAGACAAUUCUUAAUAAAGCUCAAGAGCCACCGAAGAGUAAAAAAGUUCAGCAUUCGAAUGCUAAAAAUGCAGUGCUAUUUGAAGCGAUAAAUCUCAUUAUACACAACGAUAGUGAACCAAAUUUAUUAGUUCGAGCCUGUAAUCAAUUAGGUCAGUUCUUAUCAAAUCGUGAGACCAAUUUGCGUUACUUGGCGUUGGAAUCAAUGUGUCAUCUUGCACAGUCCGAGUUCUCGCAUGAAGCUGUCAAAAAACACCAAGAAGUUGUUAUAUUAUCCAUGAAAAUGGAAAAGGAUGUAUCAGUGAGGCAGCAAGCUGUCGACUUACUUUAUGCAAUGUGCGAUCGAAGUAAUGCCGAAGAGAUUGUACAAGAAAUGCUCAACUAUUUGGAAACGGCAGACUAUUCAAUAAGAGAAGAAAUGGUCCUCAAAGUUGCCAUACUUGCUGAAAAGUAUGCAACAGACUUUACUUGGUACGUUGACGUAAUUUUAAAUUUAAUUCGUAUUGCUGGUGAUUAUGUAUCCGAAGAAGUGUGGUAUCGUGUUAUUCAAAUUGUUAUCAAUCGUGAGGAAGUUCAAGGAUAUGCAGCAAAAACAGUAUUUGAAGCUCUGCAGGCACCGGCAUGUCACGAAAAUAUGGUUAAAGUUGGCGGUUAUAUUCUUGGAGAAUUUGGUAAUCUCAUUGCUGGCGAUUCACGUUCUGCGCCAAUGGUGCAAUUUAAAAUACUUCAUUCAAAAUAUCAUUUAUGUUCGUCCAUGACUAGAGCAUUGCUCCUUAGCACCUACAUCAAAUUCAUAAAUCUUUUCCCCGAAAUUCGUGGUACCAUUCAAGACGUUUUCAGACAAGACAGCAAUAUCCGAUCAGCAGAUGCUGAACUUCAACAACGCGCCAGUGAAUAUCUACAAUUGUCAAUUGUAGCAUCAAAAGACGUCUUGGCAACUGUUCUCGAAGAAAUGCCGUCAUUCCCCGAACGCGAAAGUUCAAUAUUAGCUGUACUGAAGAAGAAAAAACCUGGUCGUGUUCCCGAAACUGAAGUCAGAGACUCUAAAAGUCCUGUGCCCAAUCACAAUAAUGCACAGACUCAAAAUCAUGCAACAACAAACAACAAAAUUUCUUUCAGUAAUCACACAAGUGAUUUGCUAGGACUCAGCACACCGCCAUCGCAACAACAAAAUUCACAAAAUACACUCAUCGAUGUUCUAGGAGAUAUUUAUAAUAAUCAAUCUUCAUCUUCGUCGUCAGCCGUUAAUAAUGCAAAGAAUUCUGACGAUUCUAGAUUCCUUUUCAAAAACAACGGCGUUCUAUUUGAGAACGAAAUGAUUCAAAUUGGUGUUAAGAGCGAGUUCCGACAAAAUCUUGGACGUUUGGGACUAUUUUAUGGCAAUAAGACACAAGUUCCGCUAACAAAUUUCCAGCCUGUUCUACAAUGGCCUGCGGAAGAAGGAAAGAAGCUUAAUGUACAAAUCAAAGCCGUAGACUCAACUCUCGAUGCUGGUGCACAAAUCCAACAAAUGCUCACAGCUGAGUGCGUAGACAGCUAUGCUGACUCUCCAUCUCUACAGCUUGCGUUCCGCUACAAUGGAACUCCACAAAAUUUCACAAUCAAGCUACCGUUGACCGUGAAUAAGUUCUUCGAACCAACUGAAAUGAAUGCAGAGUCAUUCUUCGCGAGAUGGAAGAAUCUAGGAGGUGAGAAGCAACGUGCUCAGAAAGUAUUUAAGGCACAGAUUCCACUCGAUUUGCAAGGAGCCAAGAAUAAGCUUUCAGGUUUUGGAAUGCAAAUUUUGGAGAGUAUUGAUCCAAAUCCCGACAAUCUUGUGUGCGCCGGAAUCAUUCACACACAAUCACACCAAGUCGGCUGCUUACUUCGAUUAGAGCCCAACAAACAAGCACAGAUGUUCCGAUUGACGGUAAGGGCGAGUAAAGAGCAAGUAACUACUGAAAUAUGCAAUCUGCUUGUUGACCAAUUUUAAGGAAAAAAAAAUAUUGUGCUUGAAUCGCAAUGUAAAAUGAUGUUAAAAAUAUGUCUCUUCUUUUUUUUCGAGUAAACUUGAGUAGAUUGUAAGUGAACCAGCAAAAAAAAUACGAACUAUAUGAACUUAUAACUGUUUAAAAACAACAAAAAUUCAACAACAAAUUUAUCCAUUUUACGUGAAAAAAAAUGAAAUGAAAAGCUUAAUAACUUUGGACAGAGACUUUUGCAUGUUGAAAGGUUUAAAAUUUCAGUUGUUGGCAAAUUUAAGUUAUUAAUUAUUUUGAAACGGUUUUCAAAAAUUCAAAUUUCGUGCUUAAUUAUUUCGAAAAGGUUUUUAAAAAUUCAAAUUUAAAACCGAAUUUAUUUAAAACGAGUUUCAAACAUUUCAAUUGUUUAACGAGUUUUUCCUUUAUUUAGUUUAAUUUGGCACUAAAAUGACAUGCAGCAGCUUUAUCCAUAGUUGUUAAGCAAUAAAAUAUUAAAAAAGCAAAGCAAAAAACGUACGACAAGAAUUGAAGACAUUGGCAUGAUCAAUGAUUGUUAAUAAGAAAAUAUUAAACACAAAAAGAAUAAUUAAUUUAAUAAUAAUUAAAAUUGAACUAAAACGAUUCCAAUGAGCGCUGUAAGUUGAGUUAUUUGGUUAUUCAUAGUGAAGAAAAAAAUGAUGAAAAAAAAAUUGUUUCCAAUAUAUUUACGAAAGAAAUGAAUAUAAUCUUCUAGAGUUUAU